UCGGCGGGGCGGCUCCGGCCCCAGAUCUGCCCAGAGCUCCGGGCCCCCCCCUCCCCUGCCCCUUCCCCGGAGUCUCCGGGUGAGUCCCGGAGCCCGGGAGCCCAGCGCGGCCCAGCCCGCCCCCCGAGCGCCCCGCCAUGAGUGAAAACCUGGUCUGCUCUAGCCGGGCCACAGUGAUGGUUUACGAUGACAUUAGCAAAAAGUGGUUACCGGCCGGGACGGGGCCGCAGGCCUUCAGUAGAGUCCAGAUCUACCACAAUCCCAGCACCAAUGCCUUCCGAGUGGUGGGCCGAAAGAUGCAGCCGGAUCAGCAGGUUGUUAUUAACUGUGCCAUCGUCCGGGGUGUCAAGUACAACCAGGCCACGCCCAAUUUCCACCAGUGGCGGGAUGCCCGCCAGGUCUGGGGCCUCAACUUUGGCAGCAAGGAAGAUGCAGCUCAGUUUGCGGCAGGGAUGGCUGAUGCCCUGGAGGCCUUAGAAGGAGGUGGGCCGCCGCCCCCUCCUCCCCCUACAUCCUGGUCCGUCCAGAAUGGCCCGUCACCCGAGGAGAUGGAACAGCAGAAGAGGCAGCAGCUGGAACAUCUGGAACAGGUGGAACGAGAGCGCCGGGUCUCCAAUGCAGGAGCCCCCGUGGCAGCCCCAGCUGGGGGGCCCCCACCCCCUCCAGGGCCCCCUCCUCCCCCUGGUCCGCCUCCCCCGCCUGGGCUGCCCCCCUCAGGAGCAGGUGGGGCAGGAGGCCCACCCCCGGCACCCCCACUCCCAUCUGCCCAAGGCCCCAGCGGGGGAGGCGGGGGUGCCCCGGGCCUGGCUGCGGCCAUCGCGGGAGCCAAACUCAGGAAGGUCGGCAAGGACGAGUCCUCUGGGCCCCCUCCGGUCCCCAAGGCGGAGAGCACCCGGAGCACAGGGGGCGGCCUCAUGGAGGAGAUGAGUGCCAUGCUGGCCCGCAGGAGGAAAGCGACGCUGAUUGGGGAGAAGCCCCCGGCCAAGGAGGAAGCUGCCAACCAGGAGGAAGCGGAGUCAAGAAUUCCCACGCAGAACGAGCCUGUUCGGAGACCGUGGGAAAAGAAUAGCACAACCCUCCCGAGGAUGAAGUCUUCCGUAUCCGUAACGAGCUGUGAGGCCCCUACCCCGACUCCCGGCACCCACGAGGACUCCGACCUAGACAGGAUCAAACAGGAACUGCUGGAGGAGGUGAGGAAGGAGCUCCAGAAAAUGAAAGAGGAAAUAAUAGAAGCUUUUGUCCAGGAGCUCCGGAAACGGGGCUCCCCCUGAGCAGGGAGACCCAGGAAUCGCGCCCUGUCCCAGGCCGUCCUGUCUCGAGCUUUGGAACGGGCUGGGGAAGCCUCCCCAACACCAUGGCCUUUCAGCCCACUUGGAAAAUCCCAAGGAGGCAGCACCUCCCCACCAGUCCCUCCUGGCAUGCAGAUUCGAGGCAGGGGGCUCCCCCUCCCCCUCUGCCCUUGGUCCAUUCUUCCUUUCAUCCCCUUGGGGCUCCUACCUCUGCUUGGGACAUUCCAAUAAGCUCCAAGACGUGAAGAGGAAAGGGGAGGUCGUUCCUCCUCUUCCUGGAGCCCCUUUGAGGGCCCAAUGUUCACUUUAAUCCUUAAAAGCCUUCAAUUUUUUUAAGAAAAAAAUCAUAUAUAUAUAUAUUUGUUUGGGAGGGGAAGGGGGGAUUUUAUUUGUUCAUUUUGACAAGGGUGGGGUCUUGGCAGUCUUCAAUGCUGUAAUCCUAGCUGUCCCCCUUUGGGGGUUUGGUUCUUCCAGGGGGUACAGGGAACCAGGACCUCUCUCCACUGCAGGGAACUCCCUUCUCCCCUCUCCCCGAAGACACCCCCUUCGCCCCUUUUCUAUAAGGAAUUAAGAUUCUAUGACUAUAAAAUACUGUAACUUUUUUUGAAAAAAAUUUUUUUAAUUUGGGUAGGCUCAGGUUUGGGAGCCAUUCCCCUGGACGGGAGGGCGACCGUCCAAGGAAGCCCCUCCUGGGGUGGGGUGGGGUGGGGUGGGCUGAUGUUCUCUCAUGCCCUUCCCCCGUGUCGAAAUGGACUCAAUAAAUCUACCCGUUUGUUUUCUACCGCAACACA